GGUAGUAGCUGCAAAUCUUCUGGUCUCAUCCAGGCUGGAGUCUCCAGGCAGCCCGGACCUCCCCUCGGAGGAUUUGGGAGCUGAGCCACCAGCUCCAGCCAGAUCUGCCGGCCGGAGGCGGAGCAGACCUGCUUCUCUCCGACGGGGGCGGGGCCACGCGUUGCGUGUGCUCCAGAAAAACACCGCAAAAGAUUCUGUAAGUACCGUUGAAGCCAGGCCUGGGCGGGUAGGAGCCAGAAGAAUGGCUGCACUGACUUCAACAGUACUGGUGGACAUACGAGAUGAGGUGACCUGCCCCAUCUGCCUGGAGCUCCUGACGGAACCCUUGAGCAUAGACUGUGGCCACAGCUUCUGUCAAGCCUGCAUCACAGAGAAUAGCAAAGAAUCGCUGAUUGGCCAAGAAGGAGAAAGCAUCUGUCCUAUGUGUCAGGCCAGCUACCAACUCAGGAACCUGCGGCCUAAUCGGCACCUGGCCAACAUAGCAGAGAGGCUCAGAGAGGCGGCACUGGGUGCAGGGAGGCAGCUGAAGGUGAUUCUUUGUGCACAUCAUGGCGAGAAACUCCAGCUCUUCUGUAAGGAGGAUGGGAAGCUAAUUUGCUGGCUUUGUGAGCGGUCUCAGGAGCAUCGAGGUCACCACACGUUCCUCAUGGAGGAGGUUGCCCAGGAGUACCAGGAGAAGUUCCAGGAGUCUCUGAAGAGGCUGAGGCAAGAGCAGCAGGAAGCUGAGAAACUAAAAGCUGUUAUCAUAGCAAGGAGGACAUCCUGGAAAAACCAGCUGGAACCUGAAAGACACCGGAUCCAGACAGAGUUUAAUCAGUUGAGAAGCAUCCUGGACAAAGAGGAGCAGCGGCAACUGAAAAAGCUGGAAGAGGAAGAGAGGAAGGGGCUCAGUAUUAUAGAAGAGGCUGAGGAUGAGCUAGUUCACCAGAGCCAGGCACUGAAGGAGCUCAUCUCAGACCUGGAACGUCGGUGUCAGGGGUCCACAAUGGAGCUGCUGCAGGAUGUGAGUGAUGUCACAGAAAGGAGUGAGUACUGGACUCUGAAGAAGCCAGAAGAUCUCCCCACCAAGCUGAAGAGUGUGUUUCGAGCCCCAAAUCUGAAAAAGAUGCUACGAGUGGUCAGAGAGCUAACAGAUGUCCAAAGCUACUGGGUGGACGUGACUCUGAAUCCACACACAGCUAAUUUAAAUCUUGUCCUGUCUAAAAACCGGAGACAGGUGAGAUUUGUGGGCGCCAAGCUGUCUGAGUCUCACGUGGAAGAGCACCAUGACUGUAGUGUUUUGGGCUCUCAACUCUUCUCCUCAGGAAAACAUUACUGGGAGGUAGAUGUGACCAAGAAGACUGACUGGAUCCUGGGGGUGUGCAGCCAUUCAGCAGGACCUCCAUUCUCUUUCAACCCGUUUGUGAAGAAGUGGAAUGUCUACUCCGGAUACCAACCUCAGAAUGGAUACUGGGUAAUCGGGUUACAUCAUAAACAUGAAUAUAGAGCCUAUGAGGACUCUUCCAGUUCCCUGCUCCUCUCCAUGACAGUGCCCCCUCGCCGCGUUGGCAUUUUCUUAGACUAUGAGGCUGGCACUGUCUCCUUUUUUAAUGUAACAAACCACGGCUUUCCCAUCUACACCUUCACUAAAUAUUACUUUCCUACCACUCUUUGUCCAUAUUUUAAUCCUUGCAACUGUGUUGUCCCAAUGACCCUGCGCCGCCCAAGCUCUUGAAUGCUCUGCUGUCCCACCCACACCUGAGCAGUGCCUUUUAAGGCUCACCCACACCUCACAUCUCCUUUCUGACCUUCUCUGCUCUGCAUUCUUUCUGCUUUUUCUUUGAACAUCAGUCAGUUCUAGAAUACACCUGCUUGUGACAAUGAACAUCUUUCAGUAAGUAAUUACAGAUCUUGAGAUGGGUGGGGAUAACUUUCAACCUUUUACUAUUAAUCAUGGUAUGGAAUUUGGAUAGAGGUUUUUUUCUCCUUUUUUGGUCAUGUAGGGGAUCAAACUUAGGAAGUUGUCUUAAUUUGCUGAAAGUUUUUAUACUGAAUGGAAGAUUGAUUUCAAUAGCUAUUGUCUCUUAACAGUUGAGAUAAUUGUGUGUUGUUUUUAUUCUG